CUUCAUCUUCUUCAAUUAGAACAAAAAUUUAAAAAAAUAACAAAAUGAAUCAAAAUGAGUUCACUGAAUUAGUACCGGGUCUUCCCGAGGACAUUGCCCUCGAGUGUUUGACCCGGUUACACUACUCAACUCAUGGAGUUGCAUCUCGUGUUUGCCGAAGAUGGUGUAGAAUUCUUCAAAGUAAAGCUUUCUAUUACCAUCGGAAACAAACGGGUUUUACCCAUAAAGCUGCUUGUUUAGUACAAGCUUUACCUUCCCCGGUUGAAUCCAAACCCACCGGACAACCCAGGUAUGCGAUCUCAGUUUUCGAUUUAGUAUCCGGAAUUUGGGAUCGGGUUGACCCGAUUCCUAAAUACCCUGAUGGGUUACCGAUGUUUUGUCAAAUUGCAACUACUGAAGGAAAGCUAAUUGUUAUGGGUGGAUGGAAUCCGGUGAGCUGGGAUCCAAUUAAGGACGUGUCUGUUUACGAUUUCAUGACUCGGAGAUGGAAUCAGUGUAAGGAUAUGCCGGAAGCUCGGUCGUUUUUCGCUAUGGGAGCUGCCGGAGGUAAGGUUUUCAUCGCCGGCGGUCACGAUGAGAGUAAGAACGCGCUGAGUUCCGCUUGGGUUUUUGAUAUUUCAUCCAACGAGUGGACGGAGUUGCCUAGGAUGAGUGAGGAGCGAGAUGAGUGUGAAGGGGUUAUAAUCGGCUCGGAUUUCUGUGUCGUAAGUGGUUACGACACGGAAAACCAAGGCCGAUUUAAAAGUAGUGCUGAGUUAUACGAACUCAGCACGGGUCAGUGGAGACGAGUUGAGGAUGCAUGGAGGUCGAGCCAGUGUCCUAGGGCAUGUGUAGGGGUGGGCAAAAAUGGAAAUUUAACUUGUUGGGCAGAAUCCGACCCGAAUGUUAAAGUCGGAGCAUGUGGUGUGGAUCUUGGUGAUCGGACCUUGGUUGCCGGGUCGGCCUAUCAAGGUGCCCCGCAUGGGUUCUUUUUCGUAGAAAACAACAAAAAAGAAGGACAAAACAGUAAAUUGACAAAGAUAAAUGUUCCUGAUGAAUUUUCAGGAUUUGUACAAUCUGGAUGCUGUGUGGAGAUCUGAAAUAAAAUCUCGAGUUCGAGUUCGUGGAAAUGAAAAAAUUCUAUUCAGAGUGUCACCUUCGCCUUUAAUGCGCAAAUUUAAAAUCGGUCGAGCUUCAAUGUGGAUGCAACACAUCAAUGAGAAAUUUGUGAGCUUUUAAGCAUAGUAGUUUUUUUAAUGUAAAACUAUGUUUGGAGUAUAUAGUAUAUAGUAAAAUAUAGAGGCAAUAUUAAUAGGUUACUAGUACAAAUUUUAUUUUUGUACGUUACUCUUUGUACUUUUUUUUUUCCAACUUUAAAAAUGUCAAUUUGAGUAAUGGUGAUUUUAUUAUUAAAAUUACUACUUUGGAUUGUAAUCUCCAUAAUUGAGUUGCUCAUUUAGUGGACUUCUUCUGUAUAUAAUUGUAUUAUUGCUUAUAGUUUAUAAUAUUUCACGAAAAAAUAAAAACUUAAUGCA